UUUGUAUAUAUUAUAUGUAUUAACAAAAACUGACUAUAAUACUUAUUUUCAGGAACUUAAUGUUUUUUUUAACAAUGAUAAAGGUGUUAAUAAUGUAGGAUUGGCCCCUCCUCUUAUUUCGUAAGGGCCAAUCUACUGGAAUAUGAAGAACGUAUUGAAGAGGCUUCGAUCAAGCACACACAGUCUCGUUUUCAAGCGUUUUAAUGUCACAAUCAUCAAUGGUCGGAUACAGUUCGCGACGCACGCUCUGUACACACAGUUCUCUCGCACGAUUCUCACGAUGCGCACGACUCACGAUACGCACAAUACGCUACGACUCACGAUGCGUACAAUACUCUACGACUCACGAUGCGUACGACUCACGACACGCACGAUACGCUACGACUCACGAUGCGUACAAUACUCUACGACUCGCGGUAUCCCGACUCACGGAACACACGAUACGCUACGACUCACGAUGCGUAAGACUCACGACACGCACGAUACGCUACGACUCACGAUGCGUAAUACUCUAUAACUCGCGGUAUCCCGACUCACGGAACACACGAUACGCUACGACUCACGAUGCGUAAUACUCUAUAACUCGCGGUAUCCCGACUCACGGAACACACGAUACGCUACGACUCACGAUGCGUAAUACUCUAUAACUCGCGGUAUCCCGACUCACGGAACACACGAUACGCUACGACUCACGAUGCGUAAGACUCACGAUAUUCUCGAUUCUCUACAACUCGCUAUAUCCCGCUGGAUCUCGCUGAGACGCGCUUCGUCUCGCUAUGCUACACGUACACGUACUCUCUUUCUCUCUCUGUCUCCGGGCACGCACACGCCAUCUCUCGUGUCCCCUAGCGCACCUCAAGCUCGGAAAUUUGGGGAACCACUAUCUUACUCUCCUACAAAAAUAAUAUUGAACAACGUGACAUUACUAAUUGUAGUCCUACAAAAGAGGAAUUACAGGAAAUUGCAGUGAAAUAUUAUGAACUACUAAAAAAACAAUCUACUACAAAUUUUAACACUUUAUCUAUUGAUGCAAUGAAGGAUAAUUGUCAGUUAUCCGAAAAUAAAGAAGAUUUAAAAGAUGAAAAUGAUGAAGAAAAACUUUCAGUGAUUGAUUCAUAUCUUUCUGAUAACAACGAAGUUUUUGAAGAUCCAGAUAAUGAUAGUCAACUUUUCGGACGUGACUAUUCUGGUGACAAAAUGAUACAUCUACGGAAUGGGAUCUUUUGUAGAAAAAAAAAUUAUGAUCUUGCUCUAGGAAGUUCACAUAGAGCUAGUCAUAUAGCUCGUAGAUUAUUGGAAGGAGUUUUUAAACAAGAAAUUCUUAUCAAAUGUACGUUUACUGGACAAACACCACGCUCAUUAGGAAAGGAGCGUCUAACAGAGGAGAUGUUCUGCUUACAUGAUCGCGCAAAAAAUGCUAUAAUAGGUUAAUAUUAUAUAUAUUCAGUAUAAAUUAUAUGAUUAAACGAUU